GGAUGAGACCGAGGUCCCUUACUGGGCUCCCACAGGCUGCCCCUCCCAGUGCCCCGAACUUGAUCUCCCUGGUCCUCUGGAAGUGUGAGUCCCCCAUGCAUGAAACCAUGAAGUCUUGAGUAACAGCCCUAUCUCAAGCUUUUCUGUUUCACUCGUGCACCAAAUAGUUUAGCUGCUGCACCUGCCAAGGUGCUUGGCAAUUAUUUGCUUUGCAGAGCCCUGAAAGACAUCACUGGAUGGCACAAUUCCUAAUUACCUAGAAAUUCAUCAUCUAGUCCCGCAUUUCCUGAUUCCCGUGCUAUAAAAGAGGCUUCCUCCUUGGCAAAGGUGAGCAGAAGGGGAAGGAGACCAGGACAGCAGCUGAGGUCUUGUGAAGCCCAGGUGAGACCCAUCUCUCCUGCUGCCGCUCUUCUGGCCCAGGACACAGGGAUGCCAGGCUCCUUGAUGUGGCCAGGCAUGGAUAGAUGGCAUUUGGGGCUACUUACUGAGGUUCUUGCAAGGAAACAAGGCUUGCCCUGGCCAGGGACACGAAGAAGCCCAGGCACUCUGCUUUCCUAAGAGACCAGCCACACUCAUAGAGAAUGAGUGCUAUUUACACCCUAACUUAAAAGCUCCAUGGGCUGGGGAUUUAGCUCGGUGGUUCCACUGCCUGCCUAGCAAAUGCAAGGUCCUGAGUUUGAUUCCCAGUACCAAAGGAAAAAAAGCUCCAAGGCAAGAAUUUUAAUGUAAGGUUGCUGGUCACCCACAAAACUCUCAAGAUUGUUCAUCCAAUUUUGUACAUUUUGAAGCAUUUUUCUGACUCUAGGGUCUUUAGCUGCCAUUGGAUUUAUAAAGGUUGCCCAACACAUUCAGUGACAGUUGGAAUUUUACCCAAAUCAGCUGGUCAUCUCCAAAGCAUAGGUCCUAACUCUGGCUCUGGACACUUUGGGGGGGCUGCCAAACAGACCUGCAAAGGGGUCAGUAAUAUCUGGGAAGCAGCCAGUUCACCAGGUUCCCAGACCUCAGGGUCAUCCUGUUCAUUCAUCCAGGGCAGCUGGAGGGAGAAGAGAAAGGUGUGGAAAAGAGUGGAGAAGGGUUCAGAGGCCUGCCUCCAAACAUAGCACUGCCGUCACUUUGCUGUGUGACCUUAUGAAAGCCAUUACCCUCUCUCUUCUCUUGAUUCCCUAUGGACCCUGAGUCUUUGGAUGGCCCCAGGAUUUCCCUAGCACAGGUCUGCAUUGAGAUGAUGGCUGUGUCUACACAACUCUGACAUCGUGUGGCUUGUGGGGGUGUCUACAAAUCAUCACGCCUGAACCCAGACCAAAGGACUGAGUAGGGAUGUUGGCAAAGCAGCUCAGGUCUCCAGCUGCUAGCAUGAGUGAGCCUUUCCAUCCGGUUUGCUGGAAGGGCAAGAACUCAAGCCAUUACCAGCAAACCCAGCUGGAAAGUGAAUCUGUUGGCUGCUUCCUCCUAAAGCCCUUUGGGUGAAAUAGAUCUGGCAUCAAAUCUUCUGGCCACUGUGUGCUUGAGACUUUGGGAGUUUGCCUCAGUCACUAGGCCCCUGAUUCCUCAGCUGUGUGAUGCAGUAACAAGUGCCCACAUCUUUGGAUGUGGUAAUGAUGAAAUUGGUUACCAAGUAAAGCGAUUGACCUGUUGCCUGACACAGAGAAAUCCCCAACAGUGCUAGUUAUUAUCACCGGUCACCCCCUGGUGUCCUAGAGAAGAAAAAAGUAAGAAAUUCCUUCUCCGGGUCAGGGUGUAGGCCUUGAGUAGAUUCCUCUGGGCCACCUUGGAUUUGUCAUUCUGUCCACAGGUACCAAGAGAAAUGUUUCAAAUUGGGGGCCUCAUUGUCUUCUGUGGGCUGCUGGCCCAGACCACAGCCCAGCUUGGUGGUGGCCUGCCAUUGCCACUGGGCCAGGGGGUGCCAUUGCCACUGGGGCAAGGCCAGCCCUUGCCCCUGGGCCAAGGCCUACCCUUGUAUGUGACACCAGCUCUGUCCUUGAAGCAUGAGGAUCCUCAGGGAAGCCUGACUGGCGCCCUCACCAAUGGCCUGCUCUCAGGGGGUCUGUUGGGCGUUCUGGAAAACCUUCCACUCUUAAACAUCCUGAAGCCUGGAGGAGGCACUUCUGGUGGUCUGCUUGGGGGCCUGCUUGGAACUCUGACUUCAGGGAUUCCUCUCCUGAACAACAUCAUUGACUUAAGGAUCACUAAUCCCCAGCUCCUGGAACUUGGCCUUGUACAGAGCACUGAUGGCCAUCGCCUCUAUGUCACCAUCCCUCUGGGCCUGAACCUUGAAUUGAAAUUGCCCCUGGUCACGAGUCUGCUGGAGCUGAGCCUGAGGCUGAACAUCAUUGCAGAAGUCUUAACUGAGAGAGACUACCAGGGGAGAGUCCACCUGGUGAUUGGUGACUGCACCCACUCCCCCGGCAGCCUUCACAUCUACCUGUUUAAAGGAAUUGCUCCUCAGCCUGUUCAAGGCCUUCUAGAUGGCCUCACAGAUAUCCUCAAUAAAGUCCUCCCUGAGCUGGUGCAGGGCAAGGUCUGCCCUCUGGUCAACGAGGUGCUCAGGCUCUUGGACAUCACGCUGGUUCAUGAUAUUAUUGAGUUACUGCUCCAUGGGGUACAAUUUGUCAUCAAGGUCUAGGCCUCCCAGGAAGGGAACCUGCCCUCUGCUGAGCUGAACCAUUUCUUGCUCCUGCCCAGAGUCCAGAAGGAUGGCCCAUGUGCUGGGAAAUGACAAGGCUACUUUAUCCCCAAGGAACCUGCUCACCCUCCUUUCUCACCAGCCAUGAAAACAUCCCGUGGUCCACACCAAAUAAACUUGCUUUUCUUCUGCACUUAGGUCUCAUUCUUCACCAUCAUGUGAUGGUGCAUGGGCUGCAAAGAGCCUUGGCCUUGGUGGCUGGAGCCACCCACCAGAACUUCAAAACUUACAUCACGAGUCUGAGUGGUCUUGAAUAGGUCACAGAAGUUCAAGUGUGUGUAGAUUUCACACAACUAUCUUGCUCUUCUCAGGAAGGAUACAUAGGGGCCUGGGUAGAGGGAAUACUUCAGGCACAGAUGAUGACAAACAAAGCUGCCACCAAGAGACAUUCUGGAGGUGGGCCAGGAAGGGUGUACAUGGGGAGCAGUUCAGGUUCCUUCCUGCUUCUCAGGCUGGGGAUCCCAAAGGUGACCGAGAAUGUGGGAGGAUGAAUUGAUUCCAGCAGGAAGAGUGUCUCAGUUGUGGCUACAGAGUGUGGUAGCACCUGGGAGGCCCUGAAGGACCCAUCAAAGAAGUUGAGAGGUACACAGGUCAUCUAUUACCCAUCGUCUGC